AUGCCUCCACUACCAAUAACAGUCGCUGGUCUUCCAACAGCUUUAAUAUCGUCUCUCCUCAAUGAUGAAAUUAUCCAGGACCAAAAAAUUAAAGAAGAGUAUAAUGGCUUAUUGAGCUCUUCAGUUGCGGACAGAAUAACGAUAAUCUCGUGUGUGCAAAAAAUUGAUUAUCGUAUUCGAGACACCCAGACAAAAAUUCUCCAGAAGAUCAUAACAAAUCAUGAAAUGUUCGCAAAGCUAUAUGCGAACUCGAUCCAACUACGAAACAAAAUAAAUGUCUUAUUUAAAGAUGUUGAAGAAGUGUCACGAGAAGUUAAUGAUCCUGAAUCAGGAAUAAAACCAAAAUUGUUGGCGGCAUUACACGAGAAUCAUGUAGUAUUGCAAGAUGUUCAGAAUGUAAAAGCUAUCGCAGAGACUUUGGAACAUAUAUCAAAGGUCAAGUCUUUGACACAAAAAUUCAAUGAAUACCUGUUACAUGGACGAAUCGAGGAGGCUGCUGGAGCCGCAAAGGACAUUGAUAGAUUAUUGGAAUCUGUGCCAGUGCGAAGUGAAAGAAAGAUUAUUAUUGUCGAGAGACUGAAGGUUCAACUUUCGAAUAUAAAAGAUACACUUGAAAAGGUCCUUGUUGAUCUCAUGUCGAAAGCGGUCAUAUUUGAAUUUAUCGAUGAGAAUGAGCAAAACGGUUCUACCUUAACAGUACUAUCAACAAUCAAGUCCCCCAAUUAUACGAUACAACUAUCAUCCCUUUUGCUCUCAUUCAAAGAAGUUGACCUGAUCCAGAAUCAAUUAUCAGCGCUCAAAAAGAAUAUAAUGAAUUAUUUGAUCAUUCCCUACUUACAAAAUCACGGAACGUGGACUGUCAAAAUUGACUCACCUGAUGAUAUCACCACAAAAUUAACCUAUAUACCCGCGGCAGCAUCUAAUGAUAUCCCAUCGAGUGAUUUUUUUAAAUCGCUCACAAUUCUCUUCCAUUUCCUCUACACACAUAUUUUUGGUGGCGCACUACUUUCCUCAUCCAGCUCUGCUUCUCCACUAACUGUCGAAUACGUUUCGAUAUUCGGCACAAUGUUUUUCCCCCCUCUUCAGCAACUGAUAAUAACUGAGUAUCUCUUUCACAAAAUUCCAGUCGAAAUUUCUGAAUUAGAAUCAUUCGCAUUAUUGGCCGAAUCGGCUAAAGAAUUUGAAGAAGAAAUGAGAAAAUUGGGCUUUUUACCAGAAAGUGAUGAACUGACAUUAACUGAAUACGUCAAAGAUUUGGAUGUACAUUUUACAACAAAGAAACGAGACAUAUUGUUAGAAAUGGGGAGAGAAGCUAUGAUUGACAAAGCAUUUGAGAGCUGUGUUAUUGAUGAGGAAGAAGAGUUGAGAAAUGAGUCGGGAAAGGCUGAGGGAAAUGAACUUCCUGUGGGCGAAUCGGAGGAAGUAGAAGGCUUAAACGAGACUAACAAUGAGAAAGGUGCUAAUGAAAGAGGAAAACAGAUUAGUAAACAAGGUGGUGAAGCAGAUGGAUGGGAUGUCGACUGGAAUGAAGCUUGGGAAGAGGAAGCUUGGGCAAAUAAACUAGCAGGCAAUGAUUCUGAACCCGAACGAUACGAAAUAACUACCAAGUCGAAAGCUAUAAUAGAAUUGGUUGUCAAGACCCUUGAAGAGGCCAAACAGUUGAAGGCUGAAAGUGCAUUCCAACUCUACCGAUCGACCCUGGACUUGUUGGAUCUUUACAGAGCUCUAAUGCCAGUUUACCAUUACGAGAAAUUUACAUCAAUACCCGCUCUAACAAUGCUGUUUCACAACGACUGCAUGUGGCUCUCUCGAGAAUUAACAAAGCUUCAAAAACAAUAUGCAGGAUUGUUUGAUGAAAUCGGCAAGGAAUUUGUAUAUAACGAGACCGUAGAAAAUUUACGCGAACUUGGAACAUCGUGGUUCAAUCUGCAGAUAGAUAAACAGAAACAGGCUUUAUCUGAAAUAUUUGAUGAGCUUAAUGGUUUGCAGCAGUCAACUACGGAGGCUAAAUUUGAGGCUUGCAAGAAGGCUAUGAUGGAAAUUAUUUAUACUGUUCAACUUGUAUCAAAGGUCUGGAAGACCGUACUGCCAUCACCAUCUCAUUAUAAGGCCAUAAGCGCUUUAAUAGAUCAUAUAUUGCUACGAAUGAUAGAAGAAGUCGAAGAUCUGUCUGACAUCGCGCUAGAAGAAUCCUCGCACCUCAAUAUUAUUUGCACAAUGUUAUACGAGUUGGAAAGAAUGUUCCCAAAGUCCGAACCAAUCGGUAAGCAUAGUAAGGCAUGGCACAAAUUCCAGCAAAUAACGGAAAUACUUAACUUGUCGCUAGCCGAAAUAAUGGACAGAUUUAGAGGAGGCAUAUUAAGGGAAUUCGAGACGGCAGAAUUAGUGAAACUAAUUUGUGCCUUAUUUAGUGAGACACCAAUUAGAGGACUCAGUAUUCGCGAAAUUCGAGGACAAUAA